CUUAGGUACGCAUAAGCGCCUGCUCGGCAAGGCUGCCUGCGCAAUUCGCAAACCCCGUCGCCAGUUUACCUAGACGUCUCGAUGCACCGCCACCUCCGCUCAACACUGAACACAAUGAAAGGAUUUCCCCCGCUGCUGCCCCUGGAGUCUGAGGAACUCUCGAACAUCCCUUGGAAUUGUCAUAUUUUUAAUAUCCAGCAUCUCUUACUCUGAUGAGAUGGCCGACCCUCUUUCAAUCGUCGGUGCUGUGGGCUCGGUGGCAGGCAUCAUCGAUGUCCUGUCACGAUCCAUCAGCGCCAUUGCAACCCUCCGCACCCAGUACAAGGAUGCCGACCUACUAUUCAUGAAUCUCACCAGUCAGCUGAGCGUCCUACGAACAGGGCUGGUCAAAAUAGCAGAAUGGGCCGAAACACAACCAGAGCCUCACUAUCAGCUAAAAAUGGACCUGGAUUCGGUGCUGAUGUGCUGCCAAAUCCUGGCCAGCAAACUCGACAACCACCUCGAGAGUCUACAUCAGGGACGCGUGCGGUUGAGCAGCAUUGGAAAGUUGAAGCUCGCUUUGAACGGAUCCAAUAUCGACGCCAUCCAAAAGAUGCUCGGACAACAGACGGCCACCUUGACACUACUCCUAGCAGCCUGCAACACCAAAUCACUUGCUGAACAAAGAGAGCUCCUCGAGGCGCCAUCCACACGAACCGCCAUCGCCGCGAUGGAGCAGGACUCGGCCUCUCUGAUCGUGCACGAAGACAGAACUUCAAUAUGCACCGUGGAGACUGACACCCUGUCGAGACUCUCUGCCAUCUUCCCAUUCGACAGCCAACUGCUCACCACAAAGGUUUACGGUCGUGCCUGGAGAACAACCUUCUUGAACCGUGGUCCAAAAACAUCCCGACGAACAUUGUCUGAAGCAACGACCCUAUUGCCAGCUGAAACCGAAAGGAGGAUGACGAUAACGAUACACCGAGUCCCCAACAGAAGGAACAGUACUAGCAACAUCCCCAUCGGCCAUCCUUUCAAUUCGAAAGUCAAAAUCCUGCUUUUAGGAGCUGGGGGUUCAGGCAAGAGCACGCUGUUGAAACAAAUGCAGUAUGUCUGGGGCAACCAGAGUCAAAUGCCGAUGUCUCAUGACAAAAUCCGCAUUAGACGUGAAGUUGUCCAGGAACUUUGUCGCUUUUUCUAUUUACUCCUGUUUGGCCAGGAAGACGCUGUGGCUCAAUUGGUGUGUGGAAAAAUGGACAUCCUCAAAGACGCCAUCGCUCUUCAUGAGAUGGACAACUUUGCAGAUGAGGAUGAUAUCAUCUUUUGUGAUCGGGUGGUUCCGCUAAUCCGCGAGGUUUGGGCUGAUGAGACCUGGCGCGCUCGUGCAAUGAAGAACCUCAAGAAGAAAAGGUCAAAGCCGCCAUUUGAUGUUGAAUAUUUCAUGCGCCAUCUUGAUCGAAUUUCUGACAAAAACUACGUGCCAACUGACCAGGACUUGAUGCACAUUUCACCAGUGGUCCAAACACUAGGCAUCUCACGCUCUGUCUUCACAGUUGGCAACAUACCCUACUCUGUAUACGAUGUUGGAGGCUCCCGAUCCGAAAGACGAAAAUGGAUUCACGAAUUCGAAGAUGUUGAUAUUGUCCUCUUUCAGGCUCCUGUAGGGGCAUACGAUGAACGACUACGUGAAGAUAAAUACUCGUUCAACAUGGAAGAGUCAUUAAACCUUUUCGAGUCCCUUGUCAACUCAAGAUGGUUCUCCAACACAACAUUCUUUGUCAACUUCACAAAAAGAGACCUCUUUGAGCAAAAGGUCAACAGUGGUCACGUCCCAAUUUCUGACUUUCAUCCUGAGUAUCAAGGAGACCCAGGUGAUGUGAAAGCAGGGGUUCAAUUUUUCAUUGACGAGUUUCAGACCAGAGUUGAGGAGCAUCCGGGCGGUUCUAUCCAUAUGACUGUUCUUGAUACGACCGACACAGCUCAGGCGACAUUGUUGUUGCAAAGGGUUGUUCAAGUGGCUGAGGCGAAAAGGAAGUCUGCCUUUAUUUGAGUGGGAUUCGAGCAACACCAAGACUUGAAAAAUACC